UUCGUAUACUGAUUCAGAGGUUAGAAACAUGACUCGCAAACGCCGCAAUGGAGGACGUGCCAAGCAUGGUCGUGGCCACGUGAAAGCUGUAAGAUGCACGAAUUGCGCUCGUUGUGUACCUAAGGACAAAGCUAUCAAGAAAUUUGUCAUCCGAAAUAUCGUCGAAGCGGCCGCCGUCAGAGAUAUUAACGAAGCCUCCGUAUAUGCAACAUUCCAGUUGCCUAAAUUAUAUGCAAAACUGCACUACUGCGUGUCAUGCGCUAUCCACAGUAAAGUGGUCCGUAACAGGUCAAAGAAGGACAGGAGGAUCCGCACUCCACCCAAGAGCAGUUUCCCAAGGGAUAUGAACCGCCCACAAAAUGUUCAGAGGAAGUAAGCUUAC